AUGGCUGCUGCGCAUGCCUUCUUCUCCUUCUCCUCGGUCGAGCCACUGCUUGCCUUCUUCACCUUCUCCUCGGUCGAGCCACUGCUCCAUUCGGCUUCACGGGUAGCUGGAAAUGGUGGCCGGAGCGGCCGCAACCAUGGCUUCUUCCGCCCUUCGACGGUGAUAUGUCCCGGGCGGGAGCCUGCGUCCCAUGGGCUGUCCGAUGAUUUUGACUUCCAGGAAAGCCUAAUGAAUGUUCAAGCAUUGCUACAUCAACAUCCACCGAGUGGACGAGGCUUAUUGACCACUGUUGAUCACCUCAAGCGCCUCUGCAUCGACCACUAUUUCCAAGACGAGAUAGACUCCAUCGUGGAGUCAUGUGCAGAUCUCAUCCAUGGUGAUGAUCUGCUUGAUGCAACCAUUUCAUUGAGGUUGAUGAGAGAAGCUGGGUAUUGUGUUUCGGCAGACAAUGUUCUUCGGAAGUUUGCAAAUGAUAAUGGUGAUUUCAACCUUGGGCUCAGCAAAGACGUUAGAGUGCUGCUGAGCUUGCAAGACAUGUCACACCUCAACAUGGGAGAGCCAUCACUCUACAAGGCAGAUGAAUUCUCAAGCAAGCAUCUUAGAUUUGCAAUUAAGUAUUUGGAGCCAAACCUUGCAAGAUAUGUGAGGCAGUCAUUAGACCAUCCCUAUCAUGUGAGUCUGAUGCAAUACAAGGCAAGGCACCAUCUGAGCUACCUGCAGAACUUGCCCACUAGGAACAUGACAAUUGAGAAUCUGGCAUGUGCAGAGUUUCAGAUUAAGAAGUUGCAGCAUCACAGGGAGAUGCAAGAGGUUAAGAGAUGGUGGAUGGAUCUGGGAUUGGCUCAAGAUGUACCGGCUGCAAGGGACCAACUUCUUAAAUGGUACAUGUGGCCCAUGACUGUCCUAGAGGGUUUCUCCUUCUCUAGAUAUCGGAUCGAGAUCACAAAGAUCAUAUCCAUAGUCUACAUUGUGGAUGACAUCUUUGAUCUUGUCGCCACACAAGAGGAGAUCUCACUCUUCAAUGAAGCGAUCAAAAUGUGGGAUCUUGCAGCUGCUGACCCACUUCCCAACUACAUGAUAUCAUGUUACAAGGCUCUUUACACCAUUACAAACGAUAUUGCCGACAUGGUUAGAAAAGAGCAUGGAGCGAACCCUAUCAAUCAUCUCAGGAAAGCUUGGGCAACUCUGUUUGAUGGAUUCAUGAUCGAGGGGAAAUGGUUAUCUACUAAUCAAGUCCCUACAUCCGAGGACUACCUAAGAAACGGAAUCAUCACUUCAGGAGCACCACUUGUUUUCCUACAUCUUUUCUUCAUGUUAGGGCAUGAUUUAACAGAGGGCAACAAAGAAAACAUUCAUCGGGUCAUCUCCUGCCCUGCAAAGAUAAUGAGGCUCUGGGACGACAUGGGUAGUGCAAAGGAUGAAUCACAAGAAGGGCUAGAUGGAUCAUACAAAGAGUUAUACCAGAGAGAAAAUCCUCGUGGUGAUGCCGAUGAGCACAUGUUGGAUAUGAUUGCGAGUGAAUGGGAGUGUCUGAACAACGAAUGCUUCUCUGGGAUGAAGUCAACAUUAUCGCAUAGCUUCAUCACGGCAUCACUAAACUUUGCGAGGAUGGUCCGCGUCAUGUAUGGCUAUGACAACGAGCAAAAACUCCCCAUCCUUGAGGAUUACACCAGGAUGUUGCUCUUCUAA